AUGACCAGGGAUACAAGCAAAUCAGCUUGCAAAUCUUUGCGAGACACUAAAAAACAAAAGAACUGCCGCAAAUACAACAAUAUUGCAAAACAAGUCUCCCAGAAGCUGAUUGAUACCUGGAAAUCGGCCGGUCUGCCGACUCAGUCUGUUGAAGGCGAGGAAUACUUGGGUGACGCCUCGCCGAACCAUGGUAUUUCUAUCGCCAUCCCUGAGGCGCUGCCACAGCGCAUCUCAAGUGCUGUCAAGCUACUGGACAUGAUUUGCGUCUUUGACACCAGUCAAGAUGUGCAAGAUAGCCAUAUUGGUCAUCUCUCCUGGCAAGCAAAGAAAGCGAUAAUUAAAAUUACAAGUUCUGUUCUGCUACAAAAUUUAUUAUCAUCAGCAGGCGUUGUCAAGACUGCUCUUCUCCACGCUCGGAGCCUGAAGUUAUUCUCCUCCGUUUUGCCUGUGACACAAGAUUCAUUUGCUGAGCUAUUUCCAAUUCGACUAUACGACUUUCCCUGCUCCAUAAUGAUGCCCGGUUUGGCUUUUGUUCUGGGGCUCAAGCUGUCGACCAACGAUGCUGCCCGUCUCCAGUGCCUAGAUGCUGUGAGCACGGCCGCCAUGACGUUGUGCAAUGACAUUCUGAGCUGGCCCAAAGAGACAGUUGAGCGCGUUUCGAGUAACACGGAUCCUUGCUCCAGCAUGAUAAUCUUCCUUCGGCAGCUGGAUUGUGACGAGAGACGAGCGCUGUCGCAGUGUCGCCGCAAGCUCAUGCAGUUUGAGAUGAAGGCAGAACUUCUUGCGGAUGAGCUUCUCGUCGAUUCCUGCGUGUCGCACAAUGUCAAGAAGAUGGCCCGAAGCUAUCUUUUGCUCAUUUCUGGAUUUGCGACAUGGCAAUGCACGUGUAAGAGAUAUAGUAGCAAAGGGCCCGUGGCGGAUCUUGUCCGGGAAGUGCUGGAAGAGACGCUACCACUUGUGGCGCUGGAUGACGCCUUUGAGAAGGAGUGUGAAGAAAUUUUGCAUGGUUAUUUUUCCAUUCAUCAAAAGUAUUUUAAAUAG